CAAUCAUCACCAAAGAUGCCGAUAGAUCGUGGCGCAGGACGCGUCCACUGGGCGCUCUACAGUGACGCAAAGUGCUCCGAUGCCGCUUGUGUACUGAAUGGAAUCCUCCCCGUCGAUCAGGUGCGGCUGUCACAGCCACACAUGCUCCAGAUCUCGCCCGACAGCGUCUCAAACUCUACGAGUAUUCGGCUGGACACAAUCGGAAUUCAACUCGCGUCAGCGCUUCAGCAACGUAUUGAGAGCCUUUUGGAACGGCAACAAGACGGCAACGGCAAAACCAAUAACCCGACAAUGAACGUGAGCGACGACGCGUUCCCGGUCGCUGUGGAAAACCUCACGUUGGGAUCCAAAGCUGCAGAGUUGGCUUUAGACAGCAAGGCCUCACUCUAUUGUAAGCUGCAGCUGGAAGGCGAGGUUGAAGAGAGGCAAGAGGCUGAUUGGUUUUCGUGGAAGUUGACGCGUGCUUCUGAGUACCGAGUGCGUGGCAACGAGUCUUUUAAGCAGGAGAACUACGGCACCGCGACGCGGCUCUACAAGCGAGCAUUGACAUGGCUAGAGCCGCCAGUUUCUCGGUCGGAUGCGACGGUAGACGUGAAGAUCGAGUACUCCGAGGAGGAACUGCAACAGGUGAAUACGAUUGCUGUAGCGUGUUACGCUAACAUGGCUACAUGUUACUCAAAGCUGGACGGAGACGGUGAUGUGGAUCGUUGUAUCUCUGCAGCGUCAAGUGCAUUGAAGCUGGACGAUACACACGUCAAGGCUCGGUAUCGUCGUAGUCAGGCUUAUAUAGCGUACAGGGAGUUCGAUCUUGCAGUGGCCGAUCUCACCAAGCUGCGCGAUCUCGAGCCUGAUAAUAAGUUAUUCCGCUCUGCAUUGACGCGAGCCCAAGCUGCCAAGACGCAACUCCGCAAGAAACAGCAAAGCGCCUUCGCCAACCUCUUCGACAAGUAGAGCAGAAAGCAAAUACAGCGAAGUAAUAAAACAGCAGAGCAGAGAACCAGUAAUUUAAACAGGGAGGGACGUGUUCCAUUUUCGCUCUUUUGCUGCGGAUUACCACGACGAUCGAGACGAAUAGUGGACGCACGUCCUCACUCU